AUGACUAUCGAAGUUUUCUCUGGCACAACGACACCGUCGUCAGCAGCGGCAACGCUCAUAGGUACUCCCACGGAAGACCCCAAGGAGUUGCCUAUCCAAGGAGCUAGUGUAUUCAAUAAACCGGCAUCUCACAUCAUCGAACUACUCGCGUCUCGUUCAGCUACCAGCUCUGCUGUUUAUAUUUACGAUGUCGCUGAACAAGUAGGAUUCGGAACACUGACUAAAACAUGGUCGUCGGCCAUGGAGUCUACUGCGCCAGUCAUUAGUCUCCAGACGAGAGCAGGCGCCGGCCUUAGUCUCGUCGGACGACUUUCCGAAGGCAGUAGCCAAGAUUUGGUGAAGGGAGCAGUUCUCACUGCUUACACUACGCCCGCUGGGCUUGCCGCGAUGGUCGAAUCAUUAUCAUAUUUGCCCCCUGCUACCAGUAACAGUAGGUUGAUUAUCCAGGUCCCAGCAGUCACCACUGUCGGUCCAAGCUUCGCGCUCUCCCCGACGUUGGCAUCCCUCUCUGCAACUUUCGCCAUCCUUCCUGAUAAUCUUGUUGUCCUGUUAUCUGCUACCCCGCAGGAGUCCAUAGAUCUUGCCGCGCUUUCGUACAAGCUUACGUCCUCCCACGUUGUUCAUAUCUUCGAUCACCACGGCAUCUCCCGUGAAAGCGGCCACGGUUUUGUCCCCAGUCUUCAGCUCAAGGAGACUCCCGCACUUGAUGUACCAGAACUCAUUCGGUGGUCUGGAUAUCAGUUUUUCGAUUACGUCGGUGAUUUAAAUGCAGAGACGGUGGUCGUCUUGUUGAAUGGGCCCUUGGCACUGAUGGCGAAGUCCAUUGUGGCUCACACCAGUGGUCUUGGUGUCGUGGUUGUAAGAGUGUUGAGGCCAUGGGAUGGUGAUGCCUUCAAGCAAUGUCUCCCUGAUACCGUAAAGGAGGUUCACGUCUUCGACGAUGUACCCAAUGAAGUCUGCCAAGGCAACCUAUUCGUCGAUGUCUUUGGGUCGCUAUAUGGCCCAAACUCUCCAGGUCCGCUUGUGCGAGCCCACCGGGUGACACCCACAAGGACAUUAUCCUUCCUCUCAAAUCCUGAUCAUUUCUCGACCCUCCUCACCGAACUUUCACACCAAGUUCCUGCUGCGACGCACUUAGACGCAUAUUCAACCAGGAAGCUUCUUUUCUUCAGUACCCCGAAGUCUGCCCUUUCUCCUCUCCCCCAGACUGUAGCGAAUUCUUUUACGAGCACGGUUUCUGUCCGCCUCCUUACCGACCAUGACAUUUUCAGCAAAUCGGGAGGCAUCACUGCGGACAAGAUUGUACUUUCUCCGCGCAGUGAGGGCACAGACAUUCUUCCUAUGGCUGCAGCGUUUCCUUCAGGAACAGCAGACUUCAUUUGCGUCCUAGAUGCGAAUCUGCUGAAGUCUCAUUCAUUGCUCAACCAGGCCAAGUCUGGGGCGAUAGUACUCGUCAUUUCCCCAUGGUCCUCUGAGCUACCAUACAACUUACCUCCUGCCGUAUUGUUGGCAGCGGUUGAGAAGAAACUCCGGAUUUUUACCCUAGACGCCAAAGCUAUCUCGUCUGGUUUCGGAGCGGAACUUGGGGCAGCUCAGGAUACUGUGCAAAGAGUAGUUGUUUAUCUUGCAGUUCUAAGGCUCUACCUCGGGAAAGCCGCCAGUGAGCCUGCCGUUCGCAAGCUUGCAGAAGGUGUGGCAAGGGAGGUAGCCCAGGGUAGCCAGCUCGCGAAGAUUAGUGCCAGCUCUUGGGCUGCCCUCGAGGAGGUCGAUUUACAUAUCCCUCCGGCAGCGGACGGGGGUGAUGCAAAGCCUCCCUCUCCUCUCAAGCAGUUUGAGUUUAAUGCUAUCGCCGUGGAGACUGCUGAUGGCCAGACUGUAGUCAAUGGCUCGAAAGUUUCUUCGUGGCAUGAUGCUGCCAAGCAUCUUCUGUUCCCAUCCGUCUUCACACCUCCAACACCUCCCUCAGAGGAAGCUGAAGAGUACGUUCAAGAUCCUUCUUUGCGACCAGAGUUACCUGAGCACACCUAUCUGGUGACUUGCACGGUCAAUCGCCGCUUGACGCCUGUGGACUACGACAGGAACGUCUUCCACCUGGAGUUUGACACGAUGGGGACUGGCCUCAAGUAUGCUGUUGGAGAGGCCUUGGGCGUGCAUGGGUGGAAUGAUGAACAAGAAGUUCUUGAUUUCUGUAUGUGGUAUGGCGUCGAUCCCCAGCGAUUGAUCACCAUCCCGGUGGCUGCAAACGAAGGGAAGAUGUACACUCGUACUAUCUUCCAGGCGCUUCAGCAACAAACCGACCUCUUUGGGCGGCCGACGAAGUCGUUUUACGCUGAGCUAGCUGCAUAUGCUACUAGCCCUGCUGAUAGGCUGGCGCUUCAAUUUAUCGGCGCACCUGAAGGGUCAUCUACUUUCAAGAAGCUGGGAGAGAAAGAUACUGUCACAUUUGCAGAGAUCUUGCAACGAUAUCCUAGUGCGAGGCCAGGCAUCGAGACUCUAUGCGAGAUGAUUGGAGAUAUCAAACCCAGGCACUACAGUAUUGCAAGCGCGCAGAGUGCGGUCGGCAAUCGAGUCGACUUGCUAGUGGUCACUGUGGAAUGGACCGCGCCAAAUGGCACUCUUCAUUAUGGACAGUGUACUAGAUAUCUAGCCGGUCUUAAGGUUGGACAGAAGGUUACGGUCUCCAUCAAGCCUAGUGUUAUGAAGCUUCCACCAGACAAUAUGCAGCCCAUCAUCAUGGCAGGUCUUGGCACUGGAGCUGCUCCAUUCCGCGCCUUUCUACAGCAUCGCGCUCUACUCGCUCAACAAGGCAUCCCUGUGGGACCCACCUACUAUUACUUCGGUUCACGGCAUCGACAUCAAGAAUAUCUCUACGGUGAAGAGAUAGAAGCGUAUGUCCUGGACGGCACGAUCACAAAAGCUGGACUUGCAUUCUCUCGAGAUGGACCCAAGAAAGUGUACAUCCAGCACCUCAUGCUUGAGGACGCUGCGGUUCUCGCAUCCCUGUUGAAGAACCAGACGGGGGUGUUCUACCUCUGUGGCCCAACGUGGCCAGUGCCUGACGUGUACGAAGCACUUGUAGGUGCACUGGUCAAGAACGAGGGACAUACCCCGGAGAGCGCGGGGGAAUUCUUGAUGAGUCUUAAGGAAGAAGAGCGAUAUGUUCUGGAAGUGUAUUAG